AUGUUAAAUGAAGAAUUCAAAUUAUUGAAAGAUUCAAUUGGACAAUUAAUUUCAAUGAAUUCAUUUCUUUCAACAAGUACCGAUCGUCGACUGGCUCUAUCUUUUCUUUAUUCUUCAACUGUAUCAGAUAAUAUUUAUUUUCACGGUGAAGAAGAAGUACUUUUUAUGUUAGGUUCGAUCUUUCGUUUAGUCAGCAUUGAUCAAAAUGAUCGCGGAAUUUGGAUCGUUCGAUUAACAUUAUGUAAUAAUAGUGAUCCUGAUCUACAAGCUGUUUUUGAUUAUAUGAAAGAUCAAUAUGGUAAUGGUGAAACAACUAUUCUUUCACUUGGUUUAGUAUUAGCACAAAUGGGUAAAAAUGAUGAAGCAGAGAAAUAUUAUCGCAGUCUAUUAAAAGAAAUAAAUCCAACUGAUUAUGAAGAUAUUAGUGCUUGUUAUCAUAAUCUUGGUAAUUUAUUUGAUGAUAAAGGUGAUUAUCAGUUGAGUCUUGAUUGGCAUCAUAAAGCACUUGAAAGCAUGAUUAAAAUAUUCAGAUCGGAUGAUUCCAUAAUAGCAACUAGUUUUAAUAGCAUAGCUGCUAUUCAUUCGAAAAUGAAUAAUUAUGAUGAAGCACUCGAUUGUUAUUUGAAGGCAUUGAAGAUCUGGAAACAAGCAUUAGGUGAAGAACAUCCGACUAUUGGUCAAUGUUUAAGUAAUAUAGCUGGUCUCUACCAAAUGUACGGGAAAAAACAUUUAAAUAUGUCACUUAAUAUUAAGAAAAAAUGUCUGCCUUCACAACAUCCUGAUAUUGCAAUGACAUUUACGAAUAUUGGUCUCAUUUAUGAAAGUAAAACAGAAUGGCAACAAGCAGUCUCAUAUCUCGAAAAAGCAGUUAAUAUUUAUCGUCAUGUACUCCAUCCUAAUCAUCCGAUUUUAAUUGAAGUCGAACAACUUCUUGCACGUGUUUCUUCGAAAUCUAAAAUGACAUAA